AUGGCUAUCAAGACUCUCGGCGCAAAGGCUGCAGCGGCUCUGGACCAGGAGCUUAUGAGCACUGGCGCCUUUUCCAUUGACCAACUCAUGGAGCUUGCCGGACUGGCAGUGUCACAAGCAGUCUAUCGUGUCCAGCCCUUGGAGAAAGGCCCAAGAAUCCUUGUGGCCUGUGGGCCUGGAAAUAAUGGCGGCGAUGGCCUGGUUGCCGCACGGCAUCUAUUCUACUAUGGUUACAGGCCAACAAUCUUUUACCCCAAGAGAAGCAAGAAUGAACUUUAUCAGCGACUGGCCAAACAACUCGAAGAUCUCGAUGUUCCGUUCGUUGAUGAUUUCCCAACCGCCAUGAAAUCGACAGACCACAUAGUAGAUGCGAUAUUUGGAUUUAGCUUUUCAGGCGAAGUUCGGGAGCCAUUUCCGGAUGUAAUCAAAUCUCUCCAGGAGACCAAAAUACCCGUCACCUCAGUGGAUGCACCGUCGUCGUGGGAUAUCGAAAACGGCCCUCCUAAGACGGGAUUAGGUAGCUCUUUUAUGCCCACGGCUCUUGUUAGCCUUACGGCCCCUAAACCAUUGGUCAAUCAUUUUACUGGCCGGCAUUUUGUUGGCGGACGAUUCGUGUCUCCAUCUAUUGCCAAAAAGUAUAACUUCGACGUCCCUCCCUACCAAGGUAUUGACCAAGUUGUCGAGAUAGGACCGUCCGAGCAGAAGCUCUGA